AUGGACAAUGAAGGUAGAGGCUUUUCUGUUGGCGUCUUGAGGUCCACAAUGAUUGACUAUACCAAGCACUGCACCGUCAGCAUCCGUAUGCGCUUCCCGCCUGAACAUCGGACAGGAAUACGCCUACUUAGAGAUAGUAACCUUAGUGCUCAAGGAGAUGAGGAAGCGAGUCCCUGUACGGAUACUGACGGAGUCGGUAGAAGCAAGAAUGAGGACAACAAGGACCAAGCGAAAGCCGUCGAUGAGUAUAUGUUCCAAGAAAAGCGGUACGCGGAACUUUAUGACCUUGCUACUGCUGCUCUACUCAGUAAGACUUCAUUUCCUAAAGUGAAGCGAUGCGGCAUAUGGCCUUGCAUGGCAGUGGAAGUUGGAAGUUCUGCCUGCGCGACAGCCAUUAUAGAACGCUUAGCAGGAGAUAUGGGUGCUUCCUGCAUCUCAGCAGGGCCCGAGGAUCUGUAUAAGCUUGCUCGUGAAUUUCAUCAACAAGACCAAUCCGCUCAGCAUCGCGAUGACCGCUCUAUCUGUGCAGAUUCCAUAUGUCGGGAUGAGAAUAAGCAAUCGAUAUUCCCUGACGAGAUGAUAGAGCAUGCAGGUUCAGAUAUUGGUCUCAGUGAUGACAACGACACUGAUUACGCCAUAAUGGAUGAUAGAGAUCGGAUGAUCAAAUAUCAGUUCGGAGACGGGCAGAGUCUACGGAGUCAGUGUUCAAUAAAGUCCAUUUUGAAUGCUCCUUUGGCGAAGAUUGAACAGAAGUCAUGUGAUUCUCACAGCAUGGCUCCGAAACAAAGUGCUCCAGUUAUACUCCACAUUCGCAAUUCUUAUGAGGUUGAUUGUAUCUCCUACGGGAUCUUGGGAAGUUUUAUGAAUGCCGUCAUGGAACGUUGGAGGAAUAAUGAGCUUGUAUUGCUCAUCGUCAGCGAUAUGAACCAUGACUCUCGACGGCAACUCAACAUCGUACCUUCUUUUAUUGUUUGGUUCGAUGAUCCAAAGUCACCCAAUCACAGGAUUGCAUCAGAAACAGAGAAGAAACAGCGUGAGAUUGCGAGCAGGUUUAGAAAAUUGAAGGGGUCUAUACGAGAAAGGCUGCCAAAAGGCUUUGGUUCCGAGUUGCUAUCCGACGCCGUACACUUGGAUAUACCAGAUACUUUGUUAAUUAACUUCCAUGAUGAUAUGGACUACACGCUGAUUGCUUGCCAAAUUUUGGGUCGGGUUUGCAUCAAAGGGGCACUGGAACUUAGUGACAUCCUUGAAGUCUUACGGCGUCUUAAUAGUGAGGAACCGCCGCCACCAGGACCCCCCAAAAAUGGGCUUAUGGAAGUUGAGGAGCCCAGCUUCACCGGAAAGGUUGAUGCAAUGAGGAAGAAUUGCAACAAGUUCGAGCUAGGGCUUCUGAAAUGCAUUGCCGAUUCAGAAACUCAGAAAGUUACCUACGACGAUAUCAUUCUGGAGCAAAAUGUGAAAGACCACUUAAGACACUUGGUGCGCUUGUUGAGAACCCAGAUUGACGGUUUCUCAAAGACACUUCUGGAAGAACCAAGAGCUACAGGAGUCUUACUUCACGGACCUCCUGGCACUGGGAAGACCCAUUUAGCUCGUGCUAUCGCUAACGAAUUCAAAGCGACCAUGCUCUGGGUCAAACCAGCAGACAUCGUGAGUGAUAUUGCGGGGGAUGCAGAAAAAGCAAUUCAUGCCGCGUUCACACUAGCAAAGAAGCUAUCACCUUGUAUUCUGUUCAUUGACGAAGUCGAUGCCUUGUUUCACCGUCGCUCCGCUGACGAUCAGUCCUGGCGACGAACGGCUCUGGCUCAAUUCCUCCAGGAAGUGGAUGCACUAUCCCGGAGUCAAGAUACAACCUUCAUUCUCUGCGCGACCAGUCGGCUUACAGAUUUAGACGAAGCUUUCCUGCAGCGAUUCCCCUAUAAGGUUAUGACAAAGCUGCCCGGCGAGAAGGAAAGACUUACGAUUCUGCAGACAUUCCUUAAGAGACCAGACACCGACCCUGAAGUCAGCCUAAAGGCUCUCGCACGUCAAACAGCCGGCCUAUCUGGCUCAGACUUGCGGUCACUCUGCAGACAAGCUGCGUUGCACUUUGCUAUGGAUGAAGCAUCCUCGCACUCACCCGGUAGCGCAAUCAAGACUCCGACCAAACUUCAUCUUAAAGCCCAGCAUUUCAUUGAGGCUCUUCGGAAUAUUAAGCCCAGUGUAUCGAGGGGUUCUCAGACCGAUAUAGAAGCGCCCAGUCGUCUCGGUACUCGUGGUAGUAUAAAGGUAUGUUCGCCUAGCACACAGUUCCUCACGACUUAA